AUGGUGGAUGAAGCACGUGAUGUUUCAAUAAAGGAGCAAAUGGCGAUGGUGUUGCGUUAUGUGAAUGACAAAGGACAAAUAAUUGAAAGGUUUGUGGGGGUUCAACAUGUAACCGACACUACUUCAAGUGCACUAAAGGAAGCAAUUGAUGAAUUCUUUUCUUCCGCGAAUUUGAGCUUUUCCAAGCUACGAGGACAAGGUUAUGAUGGAGCUAGCAAUAUGAGAGGUGAGUUCAAUGGCCUUAAGACAAAGAUUUUGAGAGAACAACCUUGUGCAUUUUAUGUUCAUUGCUUUGCUCAUCAACUUCAACUAGCUCUUGUUGCGGUAGCAAAGAAAAACAUUGAUGUCAACUCUUUUUUCACAACGGCUAAUAGUUUGGUUAAUGUUGUUGGAGCAUCUUGUAAGCGUCGCGAUGCACUUAGAGCACAAUACCAAGAAGAGCUUGUGAGAGCUUUUGAAGAUGAUUGUCUUAUAACGGGGCGUGGCUUAAAUCAAGAAAGGACUCUCAAACAUGCCGGCGAUACACGAUGGAACUCACAUUAUGGUACGUUGAUUAGUAUCAUUUCUAUGUUCCCAUAUGUGGUGAAUGUGCUUCAAAUGAUUGUUGAUGAUAAUCCUAAUGAUAGUUCGGGUGAAGCCUAUAAGUUAUGGAGAGAAAUACAAUCUUUUGAGUUUGUGUUUCACUUAUUUGUAAUGAAAGCUAUAUUGGGUAUAACAAACACUUUGUCUCUAGCAUUGCAAAAGAAAGAUCAAGACAUUGUGAGUGCAAUGAAUUUAGUGAAAACAUGCAAGGAAAACCUGCAGUUGAUGAGGAAUAAUGAGUUUGAAGAAUUGGUUGAGCAAGCAUCCUCGUUUUGUUACAAACAUGAUAUUAUAGUUCCUACCAUGGAUGAGGAAUAUGUAAUUCCAGGGAGAUCACGACGUAAUGCUCCAAUGAAGACAAAUUAUCAUCGUUAUCGUGUGGAGAUCUUUAUUCAUGUAAUUGAUGGGCAACUUGCGGAAUUAAAUGAUCGCUUCAACGAGGUAAGUACUGAGUUACUUACUUGUUUGGCAUGCUUGAGUCCAAAAAAUAACUUUGUGGCUUUUGACAAACGAAAGCUAGUUCGUCUUGCUCAAUUUUAUCCUUAUGAUUUUUCGGAUAAAGACUUAUUGAUGCUUGAAGAUCAACUUGGUGUUUAUGUUCAUCAUAUGCGUUCGAGUAGUGAUUUUUCUCAAUUUGAAGGGAUUAGUAGUCUUGCGGAAAAAAUGGUGGAGAAAGGAAUGCAUGAAAUAUUUCCUUUUGUGUAUUUGCUUCUUACAUUGGCUUUGGUUUUACCGGUUGCAACUGCAUCAGUGGAGAGAGCAUUUUCCGCUAUGAAUAUUAUUAAAAAUCCACUUCGCAACAGAAUGGGAGAUCAAUGGUUGAAUGAUAGCUUGAUUGUUUACAUUGAGAGAGAUGUUUUUGCUUGUAUUGAUAACGAAAUUAUAAUGCAACGUUUUCAGAAUAUGAAAACUCGUUGUGGACAAUUGUAA